AUGUAUUUUAUUAUACUAACUAAUAAAGGAAGCGAUACUGAUGAUUCAAGAAUUGUUUAUUCACUAGCAGAUAAAGAAGUAGAAGAUUACUGUUUACUCCUUUUGCUGCAUGGUUCAUGUUUAAAACUUUCUGGAAAAUAUAAACUCGCAGAAGAAUGCUUUAAGAAUGUUAUCAAUUUAGAUAAAAAUGUACACGAAGACUUACACAUAGUUGCAUUUGCAGCAACAGAAUUAGGAUUACUCGCAAUGGAACAAGGCUGUUACAAAGAAUCGAAAGAAUAUUUGGAAAGAGCAAUAAAUAAUUAUCACGGAUAUCAAGUCGAAACAAUUGUCCACUUCAGAGUGCACACUGCUCUUCGACAGUUGAAAAUAGUUUCCAAUUCGGCAUCCAUGCUGGAUUUAUCUUCUAAGCAGAUGAGAGAAUGCACAUAUCCCACUUCCAAAAUACAGUGCGGAAGUUAUCCCAUGCUUCAUAAAACCAUAUGUCAAGAAGAAAAUGGAUUAAUAAAAACAUAAA